AUGGGACGCGACCCAGGCGGCACAAAAGCCAUGGCUAACGCCAUGAAGUCGAAGGGGCUCGGCCGCCUUCGCUGGUACUGCCAAGUGUGCGAGAAGCAGAUGCGCGAUGAGAACGGCUUCCAGGCGCAUUGUCGCUCCGAACCGCAUCUUCGCAAGAUUAUGGCAGUUGGGCCGAGUGCGGGAGCAACGAUCGCCGAGUUUUCGAGGCAGUUCCAGUACGACUUCGUCUCGCUUCUCAAGUCGCGGCACAACACCCAGCGCGUGCGCGCCAACGCCGUGUACAACGAGUUCAUCCAGGACAAGGACCACGUGCACAUGAACGCCACCCGCUGGGUCACGCUCAACGGGUUCAUUAUGACGCUCAGCAAGGCCGGUAUUGUGCGCGUCGACGAGGACGAGCGUGGGCACCUGUGGAUCCAGUGGGUUGAUAACCGUCCGGAGACCCUGUCGAAGCAGGCCGCGCUGCAAAAGAAGGAGCGCUCUCAGAUGGACGGUGAGGACCGCGAGCGCAAGAUGAUUGAGGACCAGAUCGCGCGCGCUCGCGCCGCAGCCGAGGAAGAGGAGGUCGAGGAGAAGGGUCUGGAGCGCAAGGAGGGCGAGAAGAUAUCGCUGAGUCUAUUCCCGAAGCCGGAGGCCGAGCCAAUGGAGAAGAAGACGGACGAUUCGCCCGGCUCAUCAGCAGCUGCAGAGGAGAAGAAGCCAAUGAGUUUCGGUUCGUUCGGCAAGUUGCCCGCUGUCAAUGCCAAGCCCGCGAACCCCCUCAAGCGCCCAGCGGCUGGCAACGUUUUCAAGUCGGCCAAGGUUGCCAAGACGGACAGCAGAGAUGACACCAAGCCGAAGGGUUUCGUGUCUGAGGCGGAGCGGUUGAUGAAGGAGGACCAGGCGCGCAAGUCGAGCAAGGGGUACUCGGGUGCUGGCCCCCGACGGGCCGACGCGCGGAGGUAG